CUUUACAUCUUAGGUCGACUUGAACACAUAACUCAGAAAUCGUUUAUUAAUAUGCCGUUUAUAUAAUGUUCACUAAUUACAACCGGGUAGUCUUGAAUGCGACUUGAGAGCGUCUGUUUACACUACGAUGGUGACUGUAGUGGAGCUGCUGAGUCUUCUGCUGGUGUCAGCUCUGUGGGGCUGCACAAACCCUCUCCUGAAGAGGGGCACAGAGGGGAUAGAAAAUGUGACAAAGACCAACAGAGUGUCACAGCUCCUGGCUGAGGUCAAGUUCCUUUUCCUCAACCUUAAGUACCUGGUCCCCUUUCUCCUGAACCAGAGCGGCUCCUUGGUCUACUAUUAUACACUUUCAACCGCAGAGUUAUCGCUUGCUGUUCCUGUGGCCAACUCGCUCACCUUCCUCUGCACUCUGCUCACUGGCAAGUUACUGGGAGAAGAGUUUGGAGGCAAACAGGCUGUUGCAGGAAUGUUCCUCACCAUGGCUGGCAUCACUCUGUGUGUUAUAAGCUCCAUCACCGACACUGGGAGGAAGAAUACGACCCAGAGUGUGAGCUAACAGAGAUCAGGAGUAAAGCGACAUUCUCCAGGAACUUCAAGUGAUUUAUACGCAAGGGGAGCAAUGAAGGCCAAAGCAGAGCUGGCACAGGACUAGAGAGUGCUAUUUAGAUUCAAACAGCUACUCAAUGAAGCGCUGGUCCGGCUGGGAGAAUUGUUCCGACAUGAACUCAGUGUGAGCUCUGAAAGACUUUCUCUCACACCACGUUGAAGAAGAAGGGGAGGAUGGUUCACGCAGGGUUCACCUUAAGGCCAGACCCGAUUUAUGCCACUUGUGUAGAAGUUCCCUCAGUUGUUAACUUUAACUUUUAAGCGCUCUGUUGGCUUGCCGUGUGACUGGAAUCUGCAUAAAUGCUAUAGCGACCACAUACAAUACGACUGGUCUGAUGAAAGGGAACCAUUAAGAUGUGACCUCCUGGAACAACGGCAGCAUUUUACUGGGGCUGCGUUCUGUUUGUUUAGGGGCGGGCAGGACACAAAAGGGGGACAUGUAAAGUGAUGUAAAGUUUGUGCAUUCAACUUUUUUUCCCCUCCCCCCCUCUUCUUCCAUGCUGCCUUGUAUACAUCACAUAUUACUAAAGUAGAAAUACCUGUAUUGUUUUGUAAUGUUUUGUUUUUGAGAAUCAAAGGUAAACAUGACCGUGUUGUGUGCGCUGUAGAAAAGUAAACAACACACUGUGUAGAAUUCAGAAAAAAAAAACACACUGUACAUCGUACAUACAUUUUUUAUUACCUCACAAAACAUCGUACGGACAACUCUGUUACUCUUGCACUUGUGAAGCUUGUGAUGUGGCUGUUGUUUUAUUAAUAAAAUGUUGGCAAAUAAAAAUACCUCCUACUCCGA